UUAAGAUGAUGAAAGGUUUAUCCCUUCUCUUUUUCCCCAAAACAUAGAAAUCAACUCCUCAACUCCCCCAAUCACUAACAGGUUCCUCUUUUUGACAGAAAAGUCCCAAUAUCACAAACCAGCCCAGAUGUUAUAAUGACGCUGGUCGCAUGUUCCAUGCGUAACCUCCCGGUAUUCAGCGCUGGGGCCGUUAGUGAGAUGGGUGUGCGUGUCCACCCGUGACAAGUGGCCGGAAGGGGCGAAUGUAAACGCUCACACUGUGCGGGGAACCGACCGGGAGCGCGUCCCCCAGCAGCAGCAGCAGCAGCAGCAGCAGCAGCAGCAGCAGCGCACACCCCUCAGCGCCGGUGAUGCGUCCCCGCGGCACGGGCGCCGACAGCUGCGCGUCAGAGUCGCCUCGGCUUUAGCAGAAAUGGUGCAGCAGGCUCUGAACGGCGGGGUCUGCCCGACCCCCGCCGGCGAGAAGAGGCACAGAGUCGGCUUCGUCGGCCUGGACCCCGGGGCCCCGGAGUCCGGCCGCGACGGCGCGCUCCUCAUCGCGGGCGCGGAGAGCGCCAAGCGCGGCUCCAUCCUCUGCAGACGGAGGUCCAGCGUCUCCGGCGGCAGGCCCAGGCCGUCCAAGAAGAACGCCAGCUAUCGGAAGCUGCAGAAUUUCCUGUACAACGCGCUGGAGAGACCGCGGGGAUGGGCGUUCAUCUACCACGCUUACGUAUUCCUCCUGGUCUUCUCCUGUCUCAUACUCUCUGUGUUCGCCACCAUCAAAGAGUUCAAGAACAGCUCAGAAAGUGCCUUGUACAUCCUGGAAAUCGUGACCAUCGUGGUGUUCGGGGUGGAGUACAUAGUGAGGAUAUGGGCUGCUGGCUGCUGCUGCCGAUACAGAGGAUGGAGAGGGAGGCUGAAAUUUGCCAGGAAGCCUUUCUGUGUCAUAGACAUCAUGGUGCUGAUCGCCUCAGUGUCCGUUCUGGCGGCUGGAUCUCAGGGCAAUGUCUUCGCCACCUCGGCCAUCCGGAGCUUGAGAUUCCUGCAGAUCCUGCGCAUGCUGCGCAUGGACCGCCGAGGAGGCACCUGGAAGCUCCUCGGAUCCGUGGUGUACGCCCACAGCAAGGAGCUCAUCACAGCGUGGUACAUCGGCUUCCUGUGCCUGAUCCUGGCCUCUUUCCUGGUCUACUCAGUGGAAAAGGAGAUAAAUGAUGAGUUUGAGACCUACGCUGAUGCCCUUUGGUGGGGACUGAUCACUCUCACCACCAUUGGCUAUGGCGACAAGGUUCCCAAGACCUGGUAUGGACGCCUGCUGGCGGCCACGUUCAGCAUGAUCGGCGUGGCCUUCUUUGCGCUUCCCGCUGGCAUCCUGGGUUCUGGCUUUGCCCUCAAGGUCCAAGAGCAGCACAGGCAAAAACAUUUCGAGAAGAGACGCACCCCCGCAGCAGGCCUCAUUCAGGCUGCUUGGAGGUUUUAUGCUACCAACCUCUCUCGCACAGAUCUGCUGUGCACUUGGGAUUUUUACGAGGAGACUGUAUCUAUUCCAAUGUACAGACUUAUUCCGCCCCUGAAUCAACUGGACCUGCUGAGGAAUCUGAAGGGCAAGUCAUUCAGGAAAGAGUCUCAGACAGAAACCUCUCCCAGUAAUGAAAAUGCACACAAAGACAGACUUUGCGGGUGCUGUCCGAGAAAUAUUAGUCGGAAGGCCAGUCUGAAGGACAAGGUGUUCCCCAGUCCUUCCAAGGUUCCAAUGACCAAGGUAAAGGCCCAGUCUCCAGCGGCAGAGGAGGGCGCUGAGGCGAGUCCCAGCAAAGUCACCAAGAGCUGGAGCUUCAACGAGAAGAACCGAGGGCCGAAGCACAACUUCAGGGCCCGGGGUACCACUUCACGUCAAAACUCAGAGGAGGCGAGCCUCCCAGGAGAGGAGAUCGGUGACGAUAAGAGCUGCCACUGUGAAUUUCUCACCCAAGAAUUACCUCAAGGAUUGAAGGUUACAAUACGGGCAAUCUGCAUCAUGAAGUUUCUGGUGUCAAAGAGGAGGUUCAAGGAGAGCUUGCGGCCUUACGAUGUCAUGGAUGUGAUUGAGCAGUACUCAGCAGGUCACCUGGACAUGUUGUCCCGGAUAAAGAACCUGCAGUCCAGGAUAGAUAUGAUUGUGGGGCCCCCUCCCCCAUCAACACCUCGCCAUAAGAAGUCCACUGAAGGUCCUAGAGUUGACCAGAUAGUUGGUAAAGGCCCUAAAGCUGAAGGAGACGAUGCAGAGGACCCGAGCAUGAUGGGACGCCUGGUCAAAGUGGAGAAACAGGUGAUGUGCAUGGACAGGAAACUUGAUUUCCUGGUCAACGUGUAUGUGCAGCGGAUGGGCAUCCCUCAUUCUGAAACAGAGGCCUUUUUCAACUCCAAAGAGCCGUAUCCAGCUCCGCCUUACCACAGCCUGGAGGAGAGCAAGGGGGACAGGGAGGCGCGAGAGGAGGUGAAGGAGGAAAAGGAAGUGAAGACGUGCUCGGCUGCAGAUGUCCCGUGCUCUGAUGGCUCUUUGGAAAAGAAAGACCCUUUACUGGGUCUAUCCGUGGCGAGGUCGCUGGGUACUCCAUCCGGCAGCAACAGCCGCCCUUCUACCUCUUGGCAGCACCAGCUGCAGCACCCCCUCAGCCAGCCUGCCUGGAACAGCAGCGUGGCCAACACCCCUUCACCAGUUGGUGGCAGCGACGAGCACUCGCCCACCCUGUUCCGCCUUCCGCCGCCUCCGGCUCAAGACCGCUCGACCUUCGGCCUUGGGGUCAACAGCAGCGAGCGCGGCUCCCAGAGCAGGAUGCGCCACAGGAGGCAGAGGUGUCCGCCGGACGCCGUCGCCGUGGAGAGCGACACGUCUCUCUCCAUCCCGUCUGUUGACCACGAGGAGCUGGAGCGCUCUUUCAGCGGCUUCAGCAUCUCCCAGGCCAAGGAGGACUUCUUUGGGCCUUCCUUCUUCACAGGCUCAGGAGGGGGAGCGGGAGCGGGAGCAGUGACUGAAGCCGGACCUGGACCUUCACUCUGCGCCAGAGUCAGACCCUUCAUAGCGGAGGGCGAAUCAGACACAGACUCGGACCUCUACGCACCCUCACCUCUGUCCUUCACUGGCGAGGUCUCCUGUGGGGAGAGGGGAUGGCCAGGGCUGAAGUAGGUUCACGCAGCGCUUCGGUUGCCAACAGGAGACCGGUCAUGAGACCAUGAAGCCAAGCGACUGACUGCUGUCACUGACGAUGCAGUUACAGGCAGUUUUAGGUUGUGAAUGGUUGUGAUUAGUUAUUUAUCAGAAAAGAUGGUAGAAAUCUGUUCUUAUGAAAAGAAAACAAUGGGGUCGUCCUUUAUUACCUUUUUUUGUUUGUGAUGUUUCACUUUACAAGCAAUGCUUUAUCACAGUUGCAUUCUUUUGCAUCGCAUUCUUUUGCAUUUGCAUAAUUACUUACUUUUUCUGUUGUAUUUGUAACUGACGAAGUGUGCACGCGUGAGAGAGCGAUGGCAUCGAUUUUGCAUCAAACUUGACAUUGACUUGUAUCAAAGAAACAUCACUUUGCUUCAUUUUAACGAUUGGUAAGUCCACCCUUCUUCUGCACUUCGUCUGUUAAACACUGGCCACUUUCACUUUUAAAUCACGGUGCACAGCAGGUUAGCAUAGUGUCUUGAUAACUUCUAUACCCUUGAAUGGCGUGAGAUGUUAUGAUGCCAAAAUCGAAGCUAUGAUAAUCAAUUAGAUUCUUGCAGAGGAAAAAAAAAGAAAGGAAAAAAGAGUGCUCUCUUUUCAGCAUCAUUAAUUCAGCUUGGUGUUUGCUUAAUACUCAAGGAAAAACUCCCCCUUUAAAAUAUGGCAGAUACGUCCCUGUCAAUGCGCCAGUGAACGUCCUGCAUGGCAUGUUAAAUGGUUGAUUUGAGGACAGUGGUUAGUGGGCUACAAAACCAAACUGGCAACAAAAAAAAAAAGAAGGUCAGCACAACAACCCAGAGAGUGAGUUUUUUUUCUUCUGUACGGAGCAGUGAAUAAAACAUGGAGAUGUGCAUGCAUGGCUGGUUUCAAGCUACAGUGUGGUAAUUUUUCUAGGGAGCCUCGCUUGAAUUCCGAUCACGUGAGAGGCAGCCUGAGCUAGCUGAUUUCGACGGCUCUACUUUUUCCGGGGGCGAAUAUGCCCCCUUAAAUUAUGUACGCAUCGAAUGCAAGAGCAGAUGUUUAUCGGCACAUACUACAUGUAUGGUCGUUUGCUCGUAUGUUUUGUAUUGUUAUCACACAACGAGCGAGUUGGACUGAGUAAAUCACGUGGGAGACUUGGCCGGACACGGCGGUGUCAAUUUAUCCUGCAAUGCAUAUGUCAGACGUUAAGAUUCUCUGUACUGUAGAUUUGUCAGUUCUGCACUCAAUGAGGAAAUGCAAUAAAAUUCAAGCAAGGCCAAUCAAGAACCAUUCUUCACAGACAUCGACAUGGCCUUGUUUUCACACCAAAAGUCCAUUGUUUUACAACUUUUCAUGUACUGUUCCAGGGGUUAUGUAGGCGGAUCCAUGUCCCGAGAGCAGAUGCUGGAGGUCACAAACUUAGCCGCAGGUAAUGCCAAUGAAAUCAUGGGAUUUAGUAUGAACAGUUUAGUUCUUGUUAAAAUAGAAAAUUAUUAUUAUUAUUAAAUCAACAGCAAAAUAUGGUCAGAUGAACAGAAAGGAAAUAUCAUUUGGUAGAGGCUGAUCAGAGCAGGCAAAGAAAAGGGCCUGUGCACUGAAACGAUGGUUAUCAGUUCAGCACCAUCAUGUAACGGCCCAUUCUUCCUCUUCAAUAAUAAAACUUUGUACAUCA